UAGUAAGGUCUGCAGAUGCUCCCUACUGGGUUGUAUCCUACAGUAGAGUUUUGUCGUUUUGCUGCAUGUUCUCUUGGAAGAUAAAAAAAUAGUUCUUUUCAAGAAUCAUUUUUAACCCGAGUUGCUAAUUUUUUUAUAUAUACACUCUUUGGGUAGUUAGCUGUUUUGUCAAGCGGAUAGAGGGCAAGGUGCGUUUGCAAAAUGUAUACCCGUACCGUUUGUAUGUGACAAUCGAGCCCAUGUAUCAUUUUAAUGUUUGAAGCGAUGGAAUAUACAUUUGCCAUUCCCACUCUGGAUCAUGUCUGACCUAGCAACUCACGUGGCCGCAGCACCAAAUAAGUACAGGCAGACUUCUGAUGUUUUUACUGUUGCCUGGAAGUAAGCAUAGGGAGAAUGAUUUUGGGGGUGCUGUGCCUCACCACCUUAUGCAUGGUGGUCCUUGCUGCCUUUGUCUUGGAAGUAGGAGCUACUUUGAGUGUAAAUGGAAGCACUUUAAAUCACACUGAUUCACUUACUGGCUUUAUUCCUGCAAUAGCUCACCAAGUCGAUCAUGUCAUUGUCAGGGAAGGGAGCAGUGCCUUGAUAGACUGCAACGUCACAGGAGAACCUUUUCCUCUGUUUCAGUGGUAUAAUUCUAAUGGCCAUUUACUAGUAAACGAGGAGGAAGAAGGAGGAAAAUGGAGUAUACUUUCUAAUGGCGUACUUAACAUCACAACUGUUGCAUUUGAAGACAGGGGAAAAUACACCUGUGUUGCUACAAACUUGCAUGGAAGUGUCAACUACACUGUGACACUGAGGGUUGUCUUUACCUCUGGGGAUAUGGGAAUUUAUUAUAUGAUUGUCUGUCUUGUAGCAUUUACUGUUGUUAUGAUUUUAAACAUCACACGACUCUGUAUGAUGAGCAGUCAUCUUAAGAAAACAGAGAAAGCCAUAAAUGAUUUCUUCAGAACAGAAGGAGCAGAGAAGCUACAAAAGGCUUUUGAAAUAGCUAAACGAAUACCCAUAAUUACAUCUGCCAAAACGCUUGAACUGGCCAAAGUCACACAAUUCAAGACCAUGGAGUUUGCACGCUAUAUCGAAGAGCUUGCUCGGAGCGUUCCUCUUCCUCCACUUAUAAUGAACUGUCGAACCUUUGUGGAGGAGAUGAUGGAAGUAGUUGGUAUAGAAGAUUAUGGACGGACCUUUGUCAGGCAAGUCCCUGAGGUUCAGGAAUCUACUGGUAAAGAUGACGUUUACACUAUUCCAAAAUAUCUGAAGCGCAGUGAUUCACCAACAGGUGAUUCUGAUGCAUCAUCAGUCCAGGAACCUGCACAUCACAUUGCAAUACAAGUGUCUGUGCAUGCUUUGUCUAAAAAUGAAAGCUUGGAUAGCCAUUCCCAGUACAGUGCCCAUUCAGAUACAGAACCUGCAACAAUGCAGACCUCUGCAAACUCGGGCAUACCAGCCGUAGCUACAACACAGACUGACAAAAAUAUCGAGGUUAUAUAUGAAAGCCAUGUGUAAUACAGGAGCAUCUAUGCAGAUAAGACAUUCAGGUGGAUAAUAUUUUAUCUUGGAGUAUAUUUGCUUACCAGUAAGCCUUACUAGGAUAGCAUCACUGAAAAUGCAUAACUUUUAUGUUAAUAUGUUUUUCUAAUGCCCUAUGCCUUCAUAAAUCCUAGUUUAUUGCCUUGCUGUUAGUUGUCAUUUUAUGUUAGAAUUGUUUUUGUUUCCCUGAAUUAUUUAAGUAUUGAUUUUUAGAUGCUUAAUAUAUUAUUUGAUAGGAAAGUAUAAGGAAUUUGUUCACUAAGGAGUAAGUUUGACCUGGAGAGAUAAACUGCAAGAUUUAUUUAUCACUUCUGUUUAUCAUUAUGUAUUAACCAAUUUGCUGCUGUAAAUUCUCCUUUUUUCCACUCUGACAGCAUGCACUGUGAUGGCAUCAUAAUUGAAUAUAUGAGUGUAUGUGAGUGGUUUUGCUCCUUCUAGGAUUGGUAUAUAUAUUUUUCUUUCCCAUUGAGAUUUGCAGGCUAUGGAAUGAGCCUGCCAGUUUAACAGAAAUAAAAAAGGAAGAUUCUAACCUUGUUUCUGCAUUGUUGAAUUCUGUUUAAAUUAACAAAAGGGAAUUCUGUUUCUCCUUUAUUCUAUGAUUCAUCAUCAAUGGUUUCUUUUCUUGGCAUGUAGUGAUUUCAUGCAUCUGUCCAUUCCUUUUUGGAUAUGCAGAUGCAGGGAGUUGGCCUAGUAGAGAUUGUCUUACUGGCAAGAAAGACAAACAUAAACAAGAUUUUGUAAUAAGAACUGCAAGUGGAACUUCAGACUGUAAUUGAUGUCCACAGCAAGGAGCUUAACAGUUUUAUUGUUUGUCGUCAGUGCACCAACAGUAGACCAUUGAGACUGUAAGUGCUUGCUAAUAAACUUACUGUAUGAUUGAU